AUGAAUACUAACAAUACCACCGGAACUAAUAACUCCCUGCUCCUUUUGGCCCCAGACUAUCAUAGUACUCUCUCCUCGAGAGUUCUCAUCGAACAGCAUCUUUCCUCCCCUGCGUCGGCCACCCUCCCCGACGUCGCGCGUGAUACCAUCCCUUUUGGCUGCCGUCGGAUGCGACUGGCUGUCCCUGUUACUGGCACGGGACUCUUCUGCCGCCCAAUGCCCAUGGCUUGUGGCCUCUCCUGA